GUGCUAAAGGCACCUUCUGUUUUCCAGGGACGUUAAUGCCUAGUAAAUGCAGAUUGCUUAUCUGUAAUUGCGGCCACACUGCAUGACCUAUAUACAAGCGAAACAAUUGUAGUGCUUUAAUGUGUUAAUUUCCGUUACAUUCCCAGCGCUGUCAACUUUGCGCUGUGACCACAGUGGCUCUGCUGUCGCACAGUGUUUCAUUACCCUCGACCCAUGACAAGUAAACAGUGACCAAAGUUAAAGCGCUUUGAAGAGGGCUGCCGUGACACACUGUUCCUUCACACAUGGAGGUUAGCUGAUCACAAAUCACCAAGCCGGGGACACAGAGGUGAGUAUUUGUGGAGCCACCCCCCUCUUGUGCAGCGUGUGAUCAAUCACUUCAAUAUAAGACACCAUGGAUCUCCUGAGGCCUGCUCCAGUGGCAGUGGCUGCUCUCCUCCAUUGACUUCCUCCACCGAUACUCCCUCUCUCCACUCAUCCACCCCUCCCCCCCUCGACGCCACCCCUCCCCCGUCCAUCCACCCAUCCUCUUGCGACCCCUCGUUGUGGCAUCAUGGCGGGGGAGAAGGGACCAGCCAGGCGGAGCGCCAUGGACAUAAAGCGCCUGGCAGGGUUGAUCCAGAGGGGGUCGGGGCGCCUGCUGGUGAUUGACAGCAGGACCUUCUCGGAGUACAACGCGUCCCACAUACAGGGGGCGGUCAACGUGUGCUGCUCCAAGCUGGUGAAGCGGCGACUGCAGCAAGACAAGGUGUCCAUCACCGAGCUACUGCAGCCCAAUGGCAAGGUCAAGGUUGAGAUGGGCAGGAAACAGGAAGUGGUGAUGUACGACCAGAGUUCCAAAGAGGCGGGGCAACUAUCCAAAGACUGCUUUGUCCACAUCCUACUGGGCAAGCUGGAGGGCACCUUCCACCGAGUCUCCCUGCUCACCGGGGGCUUUGUUGCAUUCUCCUCCUGUUUCCCCGGGCUGUGUGAGAGCAAGCCAGCUUUGCCUAUGAGCAUAUCCCAGCCCUGCCUGCCUGUAGCUAACGUAGGCCCCACACGCAUCCUACCACACCUCUACCUGGGAUCGCAGAAAGACGUCCUCAACCAGGACCUGAUGGUUCAGAAUGGCAUCACGUACGUGCUGAAUGCCAGUAACACCUGUCCCAAGCCUGACUUCAUCAGCGAGAGCCACUUCAUGCGGGUCCCUGUCAACGACAACUACUGCGAGAAGCUACUGCCCUGGCUGGAGAAAACCAACCAAUUCAUUGACAAAGCCAAGGUGUCAAACUGCAGAGUCAUUGUGCACUGCCUGGCUGGAAUCUCACGCUCGGCAACCAUCGCCAUCGCAUACAUCAUGAAGACAAUGGGCCUGUCAUCGGAUGACGCCUACAGGUUUGUGAAGGACCGACGGCCUUCAAUAUCGCCCAACUUCAACUUCCUGGGCCAGCUGCUGGAGUUCGAGAAGGGGCUGCGGCUCCUCCAAGCUCUGUCGGAUGACAAGACCUCUGAGGGCAAAGGUCAAUCCCAGGGUUCAGAGGUCAACGGGGUCAGCUCAGGUUCAGAGGUCAACGGUCAUCAUGACUUUUCAUUAGCAGAGCCCCCGACCCCUUCAGAACCCAAGCUCCCCUCGCCGACCUCCCUCCAGCAGGGCUUCAACGGCCUCCACCUGUCAGCCGAGCGCAUCCUGGACACCAACCGGCUGAAGCGCUCUUUCUCCCUGGACAUCAAGUCUGUGUACUCCCCUAGCAGCCCCCACUGCCCGCGCCUGGCAGGGCCCACACACUCCGAGGAUGUGCCCAAGCUGUGUAAACUGGACAGCCCCCCUGUCAACGGCAUCUGUCCCCAGUUCUCCCCCGCCCCGGACAGCCCUGGCUCAGCCGAGUCGCCCUUCCCCUCCCCGGGGUGCGGCGGUAGCAUCGGAGGUCUCGGCGUCGGGGGUCCCAGUGAAGGGGGCAUUCGCUCUGGAGGUCCCUCAUUGUCCAGGCCCAGGAGGAAAGCCAAGCACGGCUCUGGAUCUGGUGGAGCUGGAUCCACAAGCAACUCCCCGGUCCACUCCUACCUCCCACACCCCCAGUCCCUCAGCCUGGCUCUGGGACGCUCCCUGCCCGUCCACAAGAGCCCCAGCCUGGACGACAACCUGAAGGGCUCCAUGCUUCUCUCCCUGCCCACCAUGGGAUCUGGGACCAUGUGGACCAAACACAGAGACACAGUCCAGGCGACCACCCCAGUCACCCCUACCACCGACACCCCCUGGUACUUUGGGGCAGAAGAGGUAGGGGAAGGAGGGAUGGAACUCGGAGGCGGCGGUGGAGGAGGGGUGCGAUUCGGAAGCAGCUCAGCGUACGUGGCGUUCGGGUGUAGCGAAGGGGUGCGGCUACGGGACAAAACGGCGGCGUCGUCAGCGUCGUCAUCCUCGACGACCGUUGCUAACGGGACGGGCUCCAACAGCAGCGACAAGCAGUUCAAGCGGCGCAGCUGUCAGAUGGAGUUUGAGGAGGGCAUCUCCGAGACACGUUCCCGGGAGGAGUUAGGGAAGAUUGGGAAGCAGUCUAGCUUCUCCGGGAGCAUGGAGAUCAUCGAGGUCUCUUGACAAACCGGACUCCGGACCACAACCUGCUCGCCCAGGGAGGGGGGCAAAUGGACCUGAGGGGGGAGGACAUAGGGGGGAGAUUUAUAAUCCCUACGCAGACCGUGUUAAAGACUCAAACUCUGAGAAGACAAACAAAUGGAAAGAGAGUUUCUGUGACUAGACAUGAGGUUCAACUGUCAAUUUACUACUACUGUACAUCUACAGUACUACCAAACAAAGCUCUAAAGAGAGAAACUCUGGGGAAGAUGGAGGCUGUGGGGCCUGACACUGAACUAUGAACUAUUUCCUCUGUAUGGUGUCAGCUAGACAAAAAGGGACCCUGGGGCACGUCGCAAAGGGCUCCCUAUCCCCCAUAUAGUGCACUACUUUUGAACAAAUGUCAUCAAAUGUAUAGCACUAGUUAGGUUAUAGGGUGUCAUUUGAGACGUAUAGCCAAGCGGUUUCCUCCCAAAGCUUGACUUCAGCCCCAGUGAACCCCAGCAUGGCUCAGUCUGCCCCACCAUUCAGUAAAAAGACUUUGAAAGCGCUACGUACCCCAGAAACACAGCACAUCACACUGCAGUGAGAUACCAUUCAGUGUCUACUAAGUGACUAUACCGGUGAUACUGCAUCAAAGCAGUGAAGGAUCCUCCAUGUUGGCGUGUCAGCCCAGCAUGGUCCACGAGGACUCAUAGUGACCGAUAAAGACUGACAGUGUAUUUUCCCCACAAUCCUCUUCUGCUCCCCUUGUCUCCAGUGUUAAACGGUGUGACGUGACUGAGGUUUGGGGCGGUGGGGAGGGGAGGGGUUAGGUCUAAGUUACGACCUCCCUGUAGUGGCGUUCUGUACACGCAUGUCUCCCUCCACACACCCCACCCCCCUGUGUAUACCCCCCACCCAUGCCCCCCCUUCUCCCAGCCUCUACUGAGCAUGCUCCAGAGUGGCUGGCCGACAGACAGACAAAUACUAUAUGAAUAUAUAUAGCAAUUUUAAUGGACUUUUAAUCAACAAUUUUUUUCUCAUAGUUUUAAUUUAUUUUCUCUGUUCAUUCUGGUAAUGAGAAAUAAUCAUGUUUUGUGGACUUUUUCCUUUGUUAAUCUCAGUUUUGUUGAAUGGUAUUUAUGAAACACAUACACAUGCAACAACACACACAAAACUACAAGCAAUAUGUUCAUUAUUUGGAGGGAGAGUGAUGUAUUUUGGGUUUCAUCUGACAUUAAAAUGCACUUUUCUGUCACUCUCUUCAAAAACAAGAAUCCCAUCCACUUCCUAAGGGUACCAACACGCUCUAACCCCUGGUGAUAUAACCAGACGCGUGGUAUGGUGAAGAACAGUCAUCUGAGGGGUUUCUAGCUACUUCCCUAUGAGCACAACACGUUUGAAAGACAUUGAGAAGACGUACGAAACAUGUAUUUUGGCUUGUAAAGACAUUGAGAAGACGUACGAAACAUGUAUUUUGGCUUGUAAAGACAUUGAGAAGACGUACGAAACAUGUAUUUUGGCUUGUAAAGACAUUGAGAAGACGUACGAAACAUGUAUUUUGGCUUGUAAAGACAUUGAGAAGACGCUGAAAUACAUAUUUUCCACGUCUCGUGCUCACUGUGUCGACUCUUCAGUUGUGUGUAUUUAUUACAUUAUUUUUUUUGUUGUGAUCGUGGGCUCCGACAGUUAUUAGGGUUAUCUACUGGGAGACUGUUCGCGUGAGGAGACUGACGAACCUUAUUCAACCCAGUGCUCUUCUAAAGAGCAGCAUUAUUGUAGGAAGGACUGUUGAUUUCUCGAGGGCUAAGGACAACAACUACUGGUAUAUGCAAGUAGAUCCACACAUUUGACAAUAUUAGAGACAUCCACCUAAGAGUGCUAGACUCAUUCUGUUGGCUAGUUUCCACACAGACACACACACACACACACACAGGAUUACACAGUGUUGGGAUGUGAGAGGAGCCCAAAGCUGAAACAAACCCCCUCCACACACACGAAGAUACACCGCCACCUUUCGUUUGUUCUCAGGGGAUCUUUCAGUGAGCCAAGCCCGGAGCAGAAUACACAACUGCUGGCACAUCAGCACAAUGCAUGUCCCCCUCACUCCCUCGCUCUCUCUCUAUCACACUCUGGAUGGAUUUGUUGUGAUUCAGAGGUGAAUGAAUGCUAUUGCUCUCCUGGUGCGAGAUUUGUCUAUUUAUUUAUGAUGUACGUAUAUGCGUUUCUUUUCUUUUUCUUCGGUUAUCUUUUCUCUAUGGCGAACUUUGACCUUUGACCUAUACCUUUGUGCUGCUGUAAGGUCAGACCUGGAUUUCCUGUGUUCAGUUUUCUUCCUAGCCUUUCCUUCUACUCUCUCUAUUUUUAAAAGAUGUUCUAAUUAUUUUAAAACAUGUUAAGAGAAGAUGCAGGCUGUCCCGAUUGCUAUAAUUGUUGGUAUUGAUGUAUUAUUAUUAUUAUUAUUAUUAUUAUUAUAUAAUUAUUAUUAUGUUGUGUAAAUAGCAACGUAUCUAAGAACAUUGAUGAGUUUAGGUAAGUUUUGAAAAGAAAAUCCUGAUACCUUAGGCUGCUUGACGCAAAAUACCUCAGGUUCCAUUGAAAGGCUUUUCCUUCCCCUGUACCUGUUUUGUGAAAAUGAGACAAAAAUGCAAACAUUACAAAAAUAUGAACUGUU